ACUGAGGGAAGGAGUGAGUAGAGGAAAGACAAGACAAGUAGGAAGGUUCGGUGUCUGAGCUCCUUGUCGACCACCCUGGUUCUGAACUGGAGACUCUGGGAUCUGAAUCAUGGAUGUCACUACAGAAGGUGUUCAGGACGCCCUGGUUCAAUUCAAGUCCACCUUGCAGGCUGCGGUGAAGGAGGUGCACGUGGACGUCAGUGCUUUCAAGCAGCGUAUAGAACAGAGGAUAGACGAGCUGUGCGUCUCCAACGGGCCCCUGGCCGAGGCGGUGACCCGGCUGGAGGAGGAGAACCUGCAGCUCAGAGCCAGGCUGGAGGUUCUCAGCCGCCUGGUGGAGGGCAUCGCCGGACUAACAGUGGACAGGAGUCCUGCUGAAGUGAAGGGGAAGAACGAGGGGAGUAGUUUAGAGAAUGGACAUGCACAGAUACAAUCCAAGACCCAGGAAGACAAGACGUCUUCGCUCUCAUCUCGGAGGUCAGAAGACAGCCUGUCCAGUCUGUCUUCAUACUCUGAUCCAGCUGGGUCCAGUGGAGGAUCGGGCCACGCUCCUGCUCCUCCUGCUCCUGGUGCUGGUCCCAGAAACACCCCAGCACCUCCUCCAUGGAGAGCAAAGAGACAUGGGGACCUCAACGGCACUGACGCAAAGGGAGAGAAGAAAGUCACCGCAGCUCCAGAGGAGAACGGGAAACCAGAAAGCUCCCCAGUGGAUGUUGGUGAUGCAGCUGGAGGUGAUGGAGCUGCUCCUCAGGCUCUCGCCUCCGUCACCAAACCAAACCCUGAAGCUCCUGUCAUCACGAGUUCCCCUCAGGCUGCAGCAGAGACAGUGACAGGGACAGAACAGGAAGAAUCGGAUCUUCUGAACAAACCCUCCUUUCCUCUCACGUCCAUGACAAAAAGCAGCUCCGAGGCUCCUUCUGUCUCCCAGUAUCCAGCCUCUGUGGCUCCAGUGAAACCAGUAGAGCUUGCUGCUAACUGUGAUGCUGACGAGCCUCUGCCGCAUCUGCCCGUCACUGCCAUGAAAACCAAACCUGCUCCUGAGGCUCCGCUGAGCUCCAGAGCUGCUCAGGGUCCUGCAGCAGAGCCCAGAGCUGCAGAGGCUCCAACUCCCAACGCUGGUGAACCCAAACCACACCUUCCUCUUCCUGCUGCAACCAAACCCAUCACAGAGUCUUCGUCCUCAGCUUCACCAGCUCAGUCGUCUCCGGGUCUGUUAGCGUCCACGGACCCGACAGUGAAACCCGGAGAGUAUCCCUUUAAACGUAUUCCAGUUCUGAAAACACCCAGUCCCAGUCUGAAGAGGAGUGUGAGCUUUCCUCAGCCUGCAGAAAAAUUGCUUCCCUCCAAAUCCAUCAUCAAAUCUGGUUUCUCACCUAAUUUGGACAAGAAGACGAACAAACCUGGAGGAGUCGAGUUCAAACAGGACCUGAUGAAGUCUCAAUCGCUCCCCCGCUCCAACGGGGCUCAGGCCAAACGAGCUCUCUUCGAAAGGAUGAACUCAGAACCGACCAAGCCGAAGGACUCGAAGCCCAAACUGAAACGCUCUCAGAGCUUCGGAGUCUCCAGCGCCGGUGGGAUCAAACAGAUUCUCUUGGAGUGGUGCCGCUCGAAAACGAUUGGAUAUCAGAACAUCGACAUCCAGAACUUCUCGUCCAGCUGGAGCGACGGCAUGGCGUUCUGUGCCCUGGUUCACUCCUUCUUCCCUCUGGAGUUCGACUACAACGAACUGAGCUCCGCCAACCGCAAACACAACUUGGGACUGGCGUUCACCACUGCAGAGCAGCAGGCCGACUGUCUCCGCCUGAUCGAGGUGGAGGACAUGAUGGUGAUGGGAGAGAGGCCCGACCCCAUGUGUGUGUUCACAUACGUCCAGUCGCUCUACAGCCACCUGAAGCAGUUUGAAUAACUCUGUAUCAGAGUAGAUGAAGAAGUCCAGAUGUUUUUUUAAACCACAGAGUGACGUGAUCACUUUUGAUCGGCUGAAUUAAUGUCAAGCCUAAAAUCAGCCUCUGACGAUGUAAAGCAAUAAGAAACCCCUCCUGCUCAAAUCCCUUCAGUCCCAUUUGAUCAGUUUUAUACUGUGUGUGUGUGUUCACCCUCAUUUCCUUCAGUAUUUAUUGCAGACAACUGAUUUCUAAUAAUGCUUUGUCUUACGACGUGUGCGGCUCCGAUCAUUUCUGUAUUUACAAGAGGCUUUUUGAAAUAAAAGAAAACAAAAGGAAGUGAAAGAACAAGUUAAUAGUUUGUAA